UUCUCUCUUCCUUCGUUGCAUCUUUGAGUUCGCCGGAAUCCCGUUGGGAGCGAAGAACCGUUCUAUCCUGGGAGACGCUUGCUACGUGUGUCGGGCAAAAACGUCUUAAGGAGACAACGCUUUUGUUGGGCUCGGUUGAUACAAAAUGGGAGACGAAAGUAACAUCACUUUUCCGAAAUCAUCCCCGCUCGCUACUAUCCCGAUCAGUUCUUCUCACGGGGAAAAACCUAGCAAAUUCAAUGGUCAUGAUUUCAAACGUUGGCAACAGAAAAUGCUGUUUUAUUUAACAACGUUGAAUUUGGCUAAGUGUCUCUCCGAAAGCCAACCUGUUUUAGAGGAAGGCGAGGUGAUAAGGAGAAAGUAGCCGCGGUGGAUGCGUGGAAGUACUCAGAUUUCUUGUGUAGAAAUUAUCUCUUAAACAGACUCGAUGACUCCUUGUACUCCGUGUAUGCCGAUAUAAAGACGGCAAAAGAAUUGUGGGGAUCACUUGAGAAAAAAUACAAGACCGAGGAUGCCGGAAAAAAGAAAUUUAUUUUCGGGCAUUUCUUGGACUUUAAAAUGGUUGAUCACAAAUCGGUUGUUUCUCAAGUUGAAGAGUUCCAACUUAUCCUUCAUGAAAUUCACGCUGAGGGUAUGUCCCUUAGUGAGUCCUUCCAAGUGGCGGUGAUAAUUGAAAAAUUACCUCCCAAAUGGAGAGACUUCGAGAAUUACUUGAAGCAUAAGCGUAAGGAAAUGUCCCUAGAGGAGCUCAUUGUUCAUUUAAGGAUAGAGGAGGAUAACCGCAAAUCCGAGCAUAAGGCUGGACGAUCUAAUUCCAUGGAAGCUAAAGCAAACAUGGUGGAAGCGGGAUCCAAGAAAGGGAAGAAGAGAAAGCACAAUGACGAAGGAACAAGUGGAGGGAAACCUUCGUCAAAGAAGUUCAAAGGAAAGUGCUAUAAUUGUGGCAAGCCCGGUCACCGUGCCAAGGACUGUCGUGCUCCUAAGAAAAAGAAGACCGGACAAGUCAAUAUUGUGGACGACCUCUCUGAUGACAUGGGUGAAAUGAACCUAUGUGUUGUGAUAUCUCAAUGCAAUUUAGUGGGAAACACUAAAGAAUGGUGCAUUGACACUGGAGCUACCCGACAUAUAUGUGCUAACAAGUGGAUGUUCACCGAUUAUCAACCUGUUGAUAACGAGGAACAACUAUUUAUGGGUAACUCUUCUACAUCCAAAGCAGAAGGUCACGGCAAAGUUGUCCUCAAAAUGACGAGUGGGAAAACUCUAACUUUGAACGAUGUGCUACAUGUCCCUGACAUACGCAAGAAUCUGGUUUCGGACUCCCUCCUUAGCAAAAAUGGUUUCAAGCUUGUCUUUAUGGCUGAUAAAUUUGUACUUACAAAGAACGAUGUGUUUGUAGGGAAGGGCUAUCUCAAUGAUGGUCUCUUCAAAAUGAAUGUACUUACCAUUGUACCAAAACUUGUUGAUAAUAAUAAAGUGGGUUCUUCUUACUUGGUUGAGUCUUCUUCUAUUUGGCACGCUAGAUUAGGACAUGUCAAUUAUGAUACUUUGCGUAGAUUAAUGCAUUUAGAAUUGCUUCCUAAAUGUCAUAUUGAUCCUAAUCACAAGUGUGAAAUUUGUGUUGAAGCAAAAAUGGCUAGAAAACCUUUUCACUCUAGUACUAGAGAAACUGAACCACUAGAUCUCAUACACACAGAUCUUUGUGAUCUCAAGUAUGAAGGAACUAGAGGAGGGAAAAGGUAUUUCAUUACCUUCAUUGAUGAUAGCACAAGAUAUUGCUAUCUGUAUUUGCUACAUAGCAAAGAUGAAGCUGUUAAUUCUUUUAAGCAUUAUAAAGCUGAAGUUGAAAAUCAACUUGGGAGGAGGAUUAAAGUGUUAAGGAGUGAUAGGGGUGGUGAAUAUGAAUAUCCCUUUGAGCCAAUUUGCUCGGAAAGUGGAAUAAUUCAUCAAACUAGUCCUCCUUAUACACCUCAAUCUAAUGGAAUCGCCGAGAGGAAAAAUAGAACGUUAAAGGACAUGGUCAAUGCCAUGUUAGUUAGCUCUCGUGCUCCGAACAACUUGUGGGGGGAUGCUGUCUUAGCCGCCAACUACAUUCUAAAUAGAAUGCCCCACAAGAAAACACACAAGAUUCCAUAUGAGUUAUGGAAAGGGAAAAAACCAAGUUUCAAUUACUUGAGGGUGUGGGGAUGUCUAGCGAAAGUAGCUAUUCCUAAACCUAAAAGAACUAAGCUUGGACCAAAGACCAUUGAUUGUGUCUUUGUUGGAUAUGCACAAAAUAGUAGUGCAUAUCGUUUCCUUGUCCACAAAUCAUAUAAUGAGGACGUAGUGGACAAUACUUUUAUAGAAUCUAGAGAUCCUACAUUCUUUGAGAAUGUAUUCCCUUUUAAGGGAGAUUGUGAAGUUGUCUCCUCCGACAUGGAUAUUUUCAUUCCAACCCAUGUUGAAGAAACCAAUUCACAUAAGAGAUAUUUUGAUUCUAUAAAUGAUAAUAAUGAAGUGGCGGAAGAAUGUGAAAUGGGACGCAACAAAAGGGCUAGAAAAUCUAAGAAUUUUGGACCCGAUUUUGUUGUGUACCUAUUAGAUAAUGAGCCUCAAACUUAUAAGGAAGCCAUGUCUUCACCAGACGCUGCACAAUGGCAAGAGGCUAUCAAAAGCGAGAUUGAUUCCAUCAUGUCUAACCACGUUUGGAAAGUGGUAGAUUUGCCUCCUGGAUCUAAA